GAGGAGAAGCGGGAGGAGGGAGGGGCGCCGCCCGCCUCCGGGGGCUGGAGCGCGCGUGGCCCCGGCGCCGCCGCGCCGCGGGGACUCGGCUGGCACCGCUCGGCGCGGGCGGCGGAGGAUGCAGGCGGGCUGCCCCGGCCUCGGCCCGCGCUCCCGCCGGGAGGGCCCCGCGUGCGCCCCAAGCCGUGCCGCCGCCGCCGCCGCCUCGGUGCCGAGAGGGUAGGGGCCGCCCGCUGCCCCGCGCACGCCCGCCCUGGUCCCGGGCGCCCCGGGCUUCCCAGCCCCGGCGCCCCCCUCCCCCGCGGCCGGGCGCCGUGGACACUGACGGCGGGGGAGCCGCGCUGCGGCCGGGGUGCGGGGCCGUGGCGCUGGCCGGGCGGCGCGGCCCCGCGGGGAGCAGCCCCCGGGCGCGCUGAGCCUCCCGCUCGGAGUCCCCGCACAGAUGACCGGCGCAGCCUGUGCCCUGGAGACCCGUCCUGCGCCCGCGCGGAGGUGACCGGCGCUCCGCCUCCCCGGGGCCCCAGAGCCCCGCCAGGCGGUGGCCCGCCCAGAGAGAGGGGAGAACCCGCAGGCCGAGCCCCACCAGACGCCAGCCAGGAUGCCCAGGCACCGGCAGGGCUCCUUCGAGCCCGAGCAGCCCUCCGCCGCCGAGCCCUCGGCCAGCCUGCCCUCGGACCCCGACGCCCUUCGCGCCGGCCGCACCCACGAGGUGUCCGUGCGGAGCGUGGGCGCCUGCCUCUGCCUGCCCGGCUGCCUGCGGCCCACCUUCGUGCCCGAGUCCCUGGAGAGCCUCUACCAGACCUACUUCCGGCGGCAGCGCCACGAGACGCUGCUGGUGCUGGUGGUGUUCGCCGCGCUCUUCGCCGGCCACGCGCUGGCCGUGUGCGCCGCGGCCUUCUCGGCGGACCGCCUGGCCCCGCUGGCCGCCGCGGGCGCCGGGCUGCUGCUGGACGCGCUCCUGUUCGUGCUGUGCCGGAAGGGGCUGCUGCCCAGCCGGGUCACCCGCAGGGCCGUGCCCUACCUGCUGUGGCUGCUCAUCUCCGCGCAGAUCUUCGCCCACCUGGGCCUCAGCGUGCCCGCCGGCGCCCACGCCGCCAGCGACACGGUGGGCUGGCAGGCCUUCUUCGUCUUCUCCUUCUUCAUCACGCUGCCCCUGGGCCUCAGCCCCAUCGUGGUCCUCUCCGUGGUGUCCUGUGCGGCGCACACGCUCGUGUUGGGGGUCACCGUGGCCCAGCAGCAGCAGCGGCAGCAGGACAGGCUGAAGGGGAUGCAGCUGCUGAGGGAGAUCCUGGCCAAUGUCUUCCUCUACCUGGGCGCCAUCGCCGUGGGCAUCAUGUCCUACUACAUGGCCGACCGCAAGCACCGCAAGGCCUUCCUGGAGGCCCGCCAGUCGCUGGAGGUGAAGAUGAACCUGGAGGAGCAGAGCCAGCAGCAGGAGAACCUGAUGCUCUCCAUCCUGCCCAAGCACGUGGCCGACGAGAUGCUGAAGGACAUGAAGAAGGACGAGAGCCAGAAGGACCAGCAGCAGUUCAACACCAUGUACAUGUACCGCCACGAGAACGUCAGCAUCCUCUUCGCAGACAUCGUGGGCUUCACACAGCUGUCUUCCACCUGCAGCGCCCAGGAGCUCGUGAAGCUGCUCAACGAGCUCUUCGCCCGCUUCGACAAGCUGGCGGCCAAAUACCACCAGCUGCGCAUUAAGAUCCUGGGCGACUGCUACUACUGCAUCUGCGGCCUGCCGGACUACCGCGAGGACCACGCCGUCUGCUCCAUCCUCAUGGGGCUCGCCAUGGUGGAGGCCAUCUCGUACGUGCGGGAGAAGACCAAGACCGGGGUGGACAUGCGUGUGGGGGUGCACACGGGCACGGUGCUGGGGGGCGUGCUGGGCCAGAAGCGCUGGCAGUACGACGUGUGGUCCACCGACGUCACCGUGGCCAACAAGAUGGAGGCCGGCGGCAUCCCCGGGCGCGUGCACAUCUCCCAGAGCACCCUGGACUGCCUGAAGGGAGAGUUCGACGUGGAGCCGGGCGAGGGGGGCAGCCGCUGCGAUUACCUGGAGGAGAAGGGCAUUGAAACCUACCUCAUCAUCGCGUCCCGGCCGGAGGUGAAGAAAACCGCCUCCCAAAACGGCCUCGGCAGCUCGGCCCUGCCCAACGGAGCACCCGCGUCCUCAAAGCCCAGCUCCCCUGCCCUCAUCGAGACCAAGGAGUCCAAUGGCAGCGUCCACACCAGCGGCUCCACGUCGGAGGAGAACGAGGAGCAGGAUGCCCAGGCUGACAACCCCUCGUUCCCCAACCCUCGCCGGAGGCUGCGCCUUCAGGACCUGGCUGACCGGGUGGUGGACGCCUCUGAGGAUGAGCACGAACUCAACCAGCUCCUCAACCAGGCCCUGCUCGAGCGGGAGUCCGCGCAGGUAGUGAAGAAGAGGAACACCUUCCUCCUGUCCAUGCGGUUCAUGGACCCCGAGCUGGAAACACGCUACUCGGUGGAGAAGGAGAAGCAGAGCGGGGCCGCCUUCAGCUGCUCCUGCGUCGUGCUGCUCUGCACGGCGCUGGUGGAGAUAGUCAUCGACCCCUGGCUGAUGACCAACUAUGUGACCUUUGUGGUUGGGGAGCUUCUGCUCCUGGUCCUGACGGUCUGCUCGCUGGCGGCCAUCUUUCCCCGGGCCUUUCCUAAGAAGCUUGUGGCCUUCUCGACGUGGAUUGACCGGACACGCUGGGCCAGGAACACCUGGGCCAUGUUAGCCAUCUUCAUUCUGGUCAUGGCAAAUGUCGUGGACAUGCUGAGCUGCCUGCAGUACUACAGGGGACCCAACAAUGGCACCUCGGGGAUGGCGACGGAGGAUGGCUGCAUGGAGAACCCCAAGUAUUACAACUACGUGGCCGUGCUGUCCCUCGUCGCCACCAUCAUGCUGGUGCAGGUCAGCCACAUGGUGAAGCUCACCCUCAUGCUGCUCAUCACCGGCGCCGUGGCAGUCAUCAACCUCUGUGCCUGGAGCCCCAUCUUCGAUGAGUACGACCGCAGGCGUUUCCAGGAACCGGGCUUUCCCCUGGUCGCCUUAGAGAAGAUGCAGAUCCUCUCCACGCCCGGGCUCAAUGGCACUGGCAGGCUGCCCUUGGUGCCUUCCAAGUACACGAUGACAGUGAUGAUCUUCGUCAUGAUGCUGAGCUUCUACUACUUCUCCCGCCACGUGGAAAAACUCGCAAGGACGCUGUUCUUGUGGAAGAUCGAGGUCCACGAUCAGAAGGAACGUGUCUACGAGAUGCGACGCUGGAACGAGGCCCUGGUCACCAACAUGUUGCCCGAUCAUGUGGCCCGCCAUUUCCUGGGGUCCAAGAAGAGAGAUGAGGAGCUGUAUAGCCAGUCUUAUGAUGAGAUUGGAGUCAUGUUUGCCUCCCUACCCAACUUUGCUGACUUCUACACAGAGGAGAGCAUCAAUAAUGGUGGCAUUGAGUGUCUGCGCUUCCUCAAUGAGAUCAUCUCAGACUUUGACUCUCUUCUAGACAAUCCCAAAUUCCGAGUCAUCACCAAGAUCAAAACCAUUGGCAGUACCUAUAUGGCAGCUUCCGGAGUCACCCCAGAUGUCAACACCAAUGGCUUUACCAGCUCCAGCAAGGAGGAGAAGUCAGACAAGGAGCGCUGGCAGCACCUGGCCGACCUGGCUGACUUUGCUCUAGCCAUGAAGGACACGCUCACAAACAUCAACAACCAGUCCUUCAACAACUUCAUGCUGCGCAUAGGCAUGAACAAAGGAGGGGUCCUGGCCGGGGUCAUUGGAGCCCGGAAACCACACUACGACAUCUGGGGCAAUACGGUCAAUGUCGCCAGCAGGAUGGAGUCCACAGGGGUCAUGGGUAACAUUCAGGUGGUAGAAGAAACGCAGGCCAUCCUUCGCGAGUACGGCUUCCGCUUUGUGAGGCGCGGGCCCGUCUUUGUGAAAGGGAAGGGGGAGCUGCUCACCUUUUUCUUGAAGGGGCGCGACAAGCCAGCCGCCUUCCCGAACGGCGCCUCCGUGACCCUGCCCCACCAGGUAGUGGACAACUCCUGAGUGGCUUCUAGCCCUAGGGAGGACGUAUUUUUUGGAAUCAAAGACCUUGGGAAAGGACAAAUAACUAAGUCCCAACAGUCCCAAACUGCUGAAGUGCACACUCACAUAGACUUUAGAUUUAAAAAUCUCCUCAAGCCUUCAUUUCGUGAGCUCUGAGGGUGGCCAUACUAUUUAUUCCUCAGUGUGCCUGUAGCUUCCCCAGAGUAAGGGUCUUACACAUAGUACUGGGCCAGCCCCUUCCCCACAGAGGCCGUGGCCUCUGGGAGCAGGAUGGAGGGGGCGGGAGCUCAGCUGGAGGGGAGGAGAUGGCAGGGCCACUUCGCUGGUGAACGUCUGCUCCCAGCCGUGACUCGGAAGCGAGCUUUUCUUUCUGAAGGAGCACAAGCUGGACACCUGUCUCUGUAUGGACUGAGCUAGGUCAAAGGGCCCUGUCCUGAUAAUCUUGAAAGGUUCUUCUGGAACCCUGUCACCUUAGUCUUGGAAGCAGAAAGUGCAAUAUUUCCUUUUACCUGGUGGGAGGGAAUUUAUUUCUGAGAGAAAAAAAAUAUAUCAACAGAUCUACAUUUAUAUUUUUAACUUUCUGUUAAAAAACUUUCCGAUAUUGCCUUGCCUUUUGAGCUCUUGCUACAGUCGCCUUUGCUACUGCUUUAAAAGAGAAUUUACAGGUAUUGAUAAAGAACAAGACUUUUAUUAAAAGCUUUCUUCAACUUGAA